AUGUGCAACGAGCCAUCAACAACCCCCGGCUAUGACUCUGGCGCGCAGGGUCAAGGUCAGGCCGUACUUGAAGACCCCAGAGUGACUCAUCGAUAUCAAAACAUCCCGUCCGAUUAUGUCGCAAUCAGAACCGAUAAAUCAUUCGCUCCCACCCCCCAGGCUACAGGAGGAGUCCCUCCACCGUAUGACCCAACGAAUACUGGUGAUUUCAUCCCUGAGGAGCAUAGCACCAAUCUGUGGCUAGUGAACAUCCCCGUUGGAACGGAGGCCAAAGACAUCCUAGCACAGAUCCGAGGCUAUGGACGUGUAUGGGCCUUCCACCUGCUCAAGCCUACCGGUAAAAAAGGCGAGGAAAAUGUUGCAGCGUCAAUAUCUUUUUUUGAGCUAAGCGCCACAAAGCGUUUUUACAGCGACGCCCAGACUACAGGGUUCUUUGUGGGUGGGCGUCGUAUUGUGGUGAAGAUGAAUCGUCGCAAAAUCAAGGGCCAUGAGUAUAUCACAGGCACGCGAUGUGUCAUAGUCGAAGGUCGCCCAGCUGAGUGCAACGAAACGUCGCUGCUCGAGUACUUUGCCACGAAAACAAACUUCCAGGUCGACGAAGUCCGAUGGAGACGAGUCACAGAGACUCGGAACAAGAUCGAGGUUCGAUUUGUGCAAUUCCAUCAGCAGGCAGCGGUUGCGAUGGCAGCUAUUCAGCAGGAGAAACCUUUAGGUAUCGAUAGGGCUGCAUUCGGGCCGGACCCCUGUGCUUACACGGAUGUGAUCUAA